AUGAUAAAAACAAAGACUCUUAUUUUAGUUUUGGUGUCUACUCUUACUUUAACUUUAAGUACCAAAGAGAGUAAUUCACAUCCUACAUUGAGUAGUAAGCUUUAAUAAUAAAUUUCUUACAAUUCACCUGCUGCACGUCAAAGAGAGUAAUAACUGGAGCAUGGUUGGGAUUAGGUUCACUGGCCAUCUAAACUCCAAUAUGAUCAUGGAUCCAAAAAGGAAUCUGAUCAUUACACUAAUAAAAAAGGAAUUGAAACAUUUACAGCACAAAGAGAUGGAGGGCCUUUUAAGCCAGGUUCUAAAACAAACUCCAGAUCUGAAAGAAGAAUUGAAAAUGAUUAUGAUUCAUCUCACUAGCCUUAGUAAUUUUCUGCAGACUUCAGAGUACCUAAGGGAACAGAUUCUGUAGCUAUUAUGUAGAUCUUUGGAGGAAACAGAAGUUAUAAUAAGAAGAAUCCUCAUUCAACUUCUUUUAUGUUCCAAGUGCAUAAUAAUGACUUGACCUACUACAAAAAUAGGAUACUAGCUAAAGAUAUUACUGGUAAAUGGGAACAUAUGAAUGUCAUUCAUGACCCGAAAUCUCAUCAGAUUCAAGCAUAUUUGAAUGGAUAAGAAGUCUGGCAUGGUCGUGAUAAAGGCCACGAUGUUCAUUUCAUCAAAUAUGGAGCAUAUGGUCAAGGAGGAAUAGAAGAUAUGUCACCAACUAUGAGAUCUUAGUUUAAGAAUGUAAAAUAUUUCGUAAAGCCAAGGAGAAGAUGA